GAAUUUCAUAAAAACACUUUUUGCGGAUAAAUAUGCUUUUUCUUGACAAAUCAUGUUUAUUUUUAUUUGUAGGUAAGUAUAUAAAAUUUAUAAAUAACGAUAUACCGAGAAUAUAGGCUUUUAAUACAAAAAUGUUAUUUACGAGACAUUUUAAGACAACUGACUGAACUGACACUGACACGCAAUUUCUUCAUAAUAGCCAUAGAUCAUGACAAUGUAACAUUCAAAUACUACUUAUCUAUGUGUCUUGUUAUUGUUCUAGGGUCUUGUUCAUAACGCCAUCUUACAUCUUUUUUGGUAAUAACAGUAAUAUAAAGAGAUGGCGCUACCUUCUACUAAAAGUUCAACCAUUAAGGCACUGACCCCCCCCUGCAGCUUGGCUUUGGCUUGUAUUUCAGUAUUUGGAUGUGUUUUUGUCAAAAACCUAAAAAUAUUCUAAACUAUUCGCACCCUUAAAGCUAAUAAAUGAUAAUUUCACCGAUAGUCUGCUGAAUAAAGUGUUUAGCACUGCAUUGGGCUGUAUGAGUGUUACUGUUAGUGAGUGGACUGAUGGUCGGUGGAGCAGAAGAGUGGAGACCACGUACCGUUGUACGAAACCACACUAUAAGAUGGAGGAUGGCAUGGACAUAGAGGAACAUGAUCUGUUGAACAACCCUACUGUGAUGAGUGUGUUUUCAGAUCUUGCCGUUCUCAAACAAGAAAUAAUUGAUUUUGAUACAAAUGAAGGUGUAGCACCAGAAUCCUUUACAACGCCGGAAGUACCAAAGAGAUAUGAAAACGAAAAUCAACUACACAAUUUAACGGUCUACAGUAGGGAUCAUCCUACCGAGUGCUCCACUCAAGACCUGGAUGUGAAACCUGACCACCUGUGUACUGACAUGGAUGACACAAAAACUGUCAAGGGCAACAGUUUCACAGAAUUUCAUAAAAUUGAAACUGAAAUCAAGAAGGAAUCAGAGAAUGUACCAAAUGAAUUGAUAUUUUACAGAAACAGAAUUAUACUCGGCAAGAUACAUGUAGAUGAGUCUAGCGAAGAACGAGAAAUUGAUGCACCAGGUGACUGUAAUAAUGUUGUUAACAACAAAACAAACAAUGAUCAAGAUUUGGCAGUGUCAAUAUACACUGAUGAAAAUAGAAGCAUGAGGAUAACUAAACAGUAUUAUGAAAUGGAAAAAUGUUUGAGAGCGAAAAUUAUUCUAACAAACUGUUAUACAACUCUAUUGAACAAUAACUGUUACUGUGCUCAGUGUGCAGUGUUGUUCCCCACCACUGAAGCGUAUAGUGAACAUUACACAAACACACACACCGAGUCCACUCACUCAACUAAAGCCUCGGAUUCUCUUGUGACAUGUAAACAAAUAAUUUACUCUCAUGUGAAGGAAUUUGUGUGUGACACCUGCAAGAAGAUAUUCACUAGGAAAAGGAUUUUGAUACAGCAUAUGUUAAUUCACAAUGACGACAAGCCAUUCGAGUGUGACAUUUGCAAGAAAACAUUUAACCAAAUAACAAAUUUAAAGUCACACAAGUUAUUUCACACUGGAGAAAAGCCAUACAUGUGCGGUAAUUGCAAAAAAUCGUUUAGGCACCUUAGUACUUUGAAAAACCACGAAUUGAUCCACACUGGGGAAAAGCCAUUCCAGUGUGACAUUUGCACGAAAACAUUUUACCGAAGAUGUAAUUUGAAGAGCCACAAGUUAGUUCACAGAGGCGAAAAGCCACUCCAGUGUGACAUUUGCAUGAAAACAUUUUACCGAAGAAGUAAUUUGAAGAGCCACAAGUUAGUUCACAGUGGCGAAAAGCCAUACAAGUGCGGUAAUUGCAAAAAAUCGUUUCGGCAUUUUAGUACUUUGAAAGAGCACGAAUUGAUCCACACGGGUGAAAAGCCGUUCCAGUGUGACAUUUGCAAGAAAACAUUUAGGCAUCGGGGCUCAUGGAAAAAGCAUAAGUUAAUUCACACUGGCGAAAAGCCAUUCCAGUGUGACAUUUGCACGAAAUCAUUUACCCAAAGAGUCAAUCUUAAGAAGCACAUGUUACAUCACACUGCACCCCAGUCAUAGCUAUGAUUCUGAUGAGUCGGAAAUAAUGUGAGAUCCGGGAAACAUGAGGAAACAUAGUACAUGACACGGCGUGAAACAGCGGGAUGUCAGUGAGUGUCAGUGGGGCGCGCUGCGGGCGAGGGCUCGGCCUCCGCCUGUCCCCUCACUGCAGGCAGCGCCGGCGACGCACAGGCCGCGUUGUCGACACGCUCUCCUACACCCACAUACAAGCGACUCCACCUACACUAACCACCUCAGUUGCAAUUCUGACAUCGGCGCGGACGGUCGCUUUCUAGCGGCGCCGUCUGUAGCCGUCACGUGUGACUCACUACUGAGUGACCCGGCUGCUCAAGGACAGCGUCCUGCACGCGUAGCACAGUAUGGCUGCGACAAGAUAUAAAUGACAGCUAGUUGCAACAAAUUGUGUGAUACCAGUUGUCCUCACAAACGCUAACAUGGCCAACACGAAAUAAUCACUACAAGAUAUGAGUUACAAUUUUGACAGCGAGAUUGGAAGAUUUGUCUUAUUUCCUAACAUGGGUGUACCAAUUUGUCCACACUUGUCUCAGUUUGACAUUUGUUUAGGUAGCAUUUUAUCACUCAAAUUCGAAGGUGGUGAUAACAUGUGACACAAAUUAUUAUUUGUUUAGUUUUUGUUAAUUUCAUCCUUGCUCUACAAGAAGAGAUGCAAGAAAGGAAAAUUACUAUAAUACUUACAGGGAGGAUGAUCCGGGACUCUAAUAACCCGUUGAAAAUGCUUUAAAAACAACAUUUGUCAAAACACACA